AUUCUAUUGAUUCAUGGAUAUCCUCAAACAGUUUAUGCAAUGCGUUAUCUCUUGCCCCUUUUUGCCGAGAAAGGCUUCUUUGUCGUUGCUCCAGAUUAUCGUGGAGCAGGUGGUAGCUCGAUGCCCUUGGGCGGUUAUGAUAAAAUGACAAUGGCAACCGAUUUACAUAAAUUAAUGGUUGAUAAACUUAAUGUUCAAGCUUAUUCUGUCCUCGGUCAUGAUAUUGGAAGUAUGGUAGCAACUGCUCAAGCUCUCAAGUUUAGAGAUCACGUUAAAGCUUUAAUCAUUAUGGAAUGUCCUCAACCUGGAACUUCAGUUUACAAAGCAUUCACUACCGAACCUGAAUUGACAUUGGGUCCAACAUUUCACUUCUUCUUCCAUCAUGCAGACAAUUUACCCGAACAAUUAACUUAUGGCAGAGAAGAUCUUUAUCUUCAACACCUUUACGAUCGUCUUUCUUACAAGCCUUAUUUCCUUACAAAUGAGGAAAGACAAGUGUACUACGAAAGUUUCCGAAGAUCAGGCAGGAUGAGAGCAGGUUUUGGAGUAUAUCGUGCGUUCAGACAAGAUGAUAAAGAUGUAAAGGAGAACAUCGCAUCAAAAGGCAAAUUGAGCAUUCCCAUCUUGGCUACCGGUGGAUCAGAAAGUGUAUUCUGCAAAUAUAUCGAACAAAUCGGUAAAGAGAUCGGUGGAAAUAUGCAAUUCAAACCUGUAGAAGAUGCUUCUCAUUGGGUUCCCGAAGAGAAUCCUGUAGGUUUGGCAAAUUUGACUGUCAAAUUUUUGCAAGAACAUAAAAUCGAAUGA